AUGGACGAAUCUGUACGUUAUGCUGAAGUUAUGUCAAAUUUUAGUUCUGCUUAUAACGCCACUCCCACUGUUUUUCAUCCAACUGUUUACAUUCCAAUGCCACCUGUACAGCAUGACUUUCAUUUGACAUCACGAAAUAGCAGUUCUCGUUCGCCAUUUCGUAUCACUUCACCAUUAUCUUAUUCGAGUUUAUCCGAUAACAAUUCACAUGAUUUCUUUGAUUCGACGUUCAACUAUCUCACACCUAGAUCAACAAGUUCAACUUUGUCACUCGAUUCAUACAGGCCACAGUCGACUGUUAUCGUACAUCAUCCUGUCAACAAAUGUUAUAAAGAACUUGAAGAUGAUGAUACUGUUGGAUCGAAUGCUGCUUUAGUAAAAUUACGAAUAAGUAAUAAUCAGUUAUCGGACGCAUUAGCAAUGUUAGAUGAUUUAUCACCGCGAGAAAAAUAUAAUCAACAUGAUCGUUAUUCCAGAUUAUUCAAUGUUCAGUCAUCCGAUGUUUACAACUAUCCACCUAAUAAGCGUCAUCCAUACGAAGAUUAUACAAAUGGAAAUACUACAGAUGACCAACCCAAAAGACAUAAUGCUAAAGUAUCCUACAGUAUCCAAGGAAGAAGGCGGCAACCAUUGUCAAGAUUAGAUCAAGUAAUGAUGCCAACAUCCGAUACAUAUUCAAGUGACGAUCUCAUGACCUACAAUAAUUAUUCGUCUCAACGAAAAUCCAUUCAUACGAAUAAACGAUCACGGUUAGUUAACGAUAUGCAAUUACCUUUGAGUGAAUUUGACAUUGAUGUCUACAAAUCAUCACGUCACAAGUCUCAGAGACGCCAUUCAUCGACAAAAUAUAAAUCAAAGCUUUCUGAUAAACGAAACUACAAUGAUACACCAACCGAAGCGAGUAUGAGAUUAUCAAAAAACCAUUCAGAUCACCGUUCAUCAUUUAAGCAGCCAUCAUCUCUUACGUACCGAGUAAGAUCCAACAGUGCUUCAUUUCACAUGAGUGAUUCAUCCCAAGAAAGAUCUUUUGAUCGAUCAAUACAGAAUGGAAAACAUAAAAAAUCUAUGGAUUUGAGUUUGAGACCUGAUGACAAAAUACGUCAUCAAAAAUCAAUAAAAGCAUUUGAUCCACAAUCAACAAAACGAGUGCACGAACAAGAAUCUAUUCCUACAUCAGCAUCGAAAACAAUCGACAAAAAUAAAGCGAUCAAAAAUUUUGAUCCCAAAUCAAAACCAGAAUUUAUAAAAAUGGAUCCUACAACAAAAUACAUUAGUGGAAGUCAAUCAGAACCCGUUCAAUCACAGCAACGUGCUACUAGUACAAAUAAAAACGUACCGAAACCAAAAGUAGAAAAGUUAGAUCCAAAAUUGAAAAAGCCAAUAGUCUCAGCCAAAAAAAUUUCAGCCAGUGAAGAUGAAACACCAUCAAAUAUACGGACGGGUGUCAAAUUGAAAUCACCAAAUGCAAUAAAAAAGAAAAUAGAAUCAUCGGAAAUCGACACAGAUGACGAAAAACAGAUGUUAAAAUCUACAAAAAUAAAUAGCACAGAAAAGAAACUUAUCGAAAGCACCAAUAAGACUGCUGAAGGCACAAGAGAACAAACAAAUAUAAGACAGAGUUCGAUCAAUCAUGAACCAAAAAUCGUACCAAAACCAAAGACAUCAACGGAUAUAACAGCUGAACAGAUGUUACCAUCUGUUCCGAAAUCUAAAGAACGUUCUAAAGAUCCAACGAAAGAUAGUAUGAUUAUUGACGAACAAGAUGAUCUUCGACGAGACAGAAAAGAAAAGUCAGUCGUUAUUGAAAAAAAAACCGAGCGUAAAGGUGAUGUGCCUUCAACUCCAGAAAGAACAUUGACACCCACGUCAGAACCAGAAGAAGUAAAAGAGAAUAUGCUUGUAAAAAACAAUGACAGGAAUGAAAGCUUAAAAGAUUCGAAAAGGAGUCCGCUGAAAGAGAAGAACUUGUCAAAAACAUCUGAAACAAUAAAACCAACAUCGGAUAAUGAAUCACCGAUUAAAUAUGGCACAGAAAACCACGAUCAAGGUGAUGCAACGGAUAAAGCACAGUUUUUUAAAUGGCUCGACGAUCAAUCGAGAGCGAUAAUAGGCGGUGAAAAAUCGACUGGUAGACAAUCAGACAAAAAAGCUUCGAAUCAAUCUAUUAAUCAAAAAACAUCUGAACAAAGUCCGAGUCCAGAGGAUAUCUAUAAACCUCCAUUUGGUCCUAAAAUAUCAACAUCUAGAGAACAAAUUAAAGAUAAGGAACAUGAACCACAACCGACGUCUACCAAAACAGAUCAUAUUAAACCAGAAGUUCAUGACGUUCCAGAUAACGACGUAGAUGAGUUUUUUUCGUGA